AUGGCGGCUGAAGAAGACGACGAAGAUAUUUGGGAUAGCUGGGAAGAUGUGGCAGAUUCUGGGGUAGGCUGUUAAUAGAUCGUGUGAAAAAAUGGACUUUUGCACAUUGAUUUAUUAAGUCACAGCCCGUUUAUCGACAUCAGUCCCUUCAGUAUUCUUUAGUUUUGUUGAGAAGUUGGACGAUUCUUAAUUAACUUGUAUGCUUGUAUCAUUCAAUUUAUCAGUUUUGACGUUAUGAUUAGAAAAGGUUUAUUUGAAUUACGUCUGUUAGUAGGAUAUGACGGGAGCCCGCUUCUCUGAACUUGUGAAAUCCAGGAUAGUGAAAAGUGCUGAGAUUUCUUAGCAACCCCACAAAAUUAAGGCUCCAUGGGCCAAUGGAUACUGCUAGAUUAUUAUGAUAUUAUUACAAUGAUGAUGAUUUAAUUUACUUAUUAGGAAUUGGAGAGAAGGAUGGAGGAGAGGGAGAAGCAGGUCAGGGAGAAAGAUGAAAAAGCUUCGAGUGGAUCAUCUAAGUAAGAUAAACCAGUUCAAAACUUGUUUGAAGAAAAAUAAAGCUAAUCAACCUACAAAUUAAAGAGUGCAAGAAAGAGCUUUGUACAUUUGGACCACGGGUAGUGGGCUGCAGGGUGGGUGAGGGUUGUACUAUUGGCUUGCUGUGAGCACCCAAAAUCAUGUUGAGAAUGUUAAAUAUUUAAAAUGUCCUUCCCCUCUAUGUGCAACCAACACAGUUCCUAAGAGACCAACAGUCACUUUUUUUUGCAUUGUGGAUGGUUCAGUUCAAAAAGGCUUAACAGUAUAAACCAAAGAGCACUAAUUUAAUUGUGUCUACAUCUUAUUAUUAUACAGAUUAAAAGAAACCAAAACCAACUCUCCUGUUCUGAUGCAAGAGGAUACAAACAGAACUCAUUACAGACCACAGGUAAAUGUACUUAUGGAACAUGAGGGAAAACUUGGUCUGCUUUGUUCUACAUAAUCUGGUCAUCACAUUUGUCAGUGUGCAUCCUAAUCUUGGUUGUCCUGUGGUACAAAGCCACUAAUUUUCGAGGUAUCGCGGGCCACUGCCGAUUAGCCACCCCUACUGAUUUUAUCAGGGGCAUCUCGGCUGGGAAACUGGACUCUUUUCAACUCGAUAUCGUUUCAGUAGGUGACAAAUGCGAAUCCGUAAACAAUGAUUACUUCUAUAAGUUUAAUAUUAGUUUGGGACAAAGUAUGUCCCAAAAAAAAAAAUACUCAACAUCUUCUAUUUGUGAGUUCCAUUUAGGAAUGGCUUAGCUGUGAGAAGUUUAUUUCGGUAAACUAAAAAAUGUUAUUCCUUCUGAUGUAUCAGUUGAACAAAAAUACUGCAUUCUCCCAAUAUUAUAUAGCUUUUUAUUCCAAAAGAAAUUCUGAUUCAAGCUACUGUUACUUUUAGACUCUCAUUUGGGCCUCUGAAUCAAAUAAUAAUAUUUUUUUUAAGCUACAGUUAUGGAUUAUUAAAGAAGAAAUAAGUUCUUAUUUAAAAUUUUGUUUAACCAGCUAUCAAGGUUAGCAGUAUUAAUUUCCUAAAACCCAGUGUCAUCUCAGGGUCUGAUGUUUUAGUAUCUUUAAUGAUAAUAAUUUUUAUAUUCAGGGCUGUGCUCUUGUGGAGCCCAGCGGCCCUUGGCGCCUAACUUUUGAUCUUGGGCGACUAGAAAUCUUACUUUUCUCGUACAAAGCACGUGCUGGGCACCCUUGAUUUCACAGGUUUAGUGCACUGGGCUCCCUUCUUUAGAGCACAGCCUUGAUAUUAUUAACAUAAAUAUACUGGUUCUGUGGAAGAUUUCACUUCCAGCUGUAUGUAGUUUCAGGCCGUUUCAAGAUUUUAAUUUCAUUGUCAGCGAUUUUUUUUUCUUGUAGCUAAGAAUUUUGAAGAGGCCAGAUUCUGGAGGAUCAAAUCUAUCUAAAACUCAAGAAAAUAGUAAAGAAAAACCUGUCCAUAAAACACUGGCAGAAAGACAGGCACAAUAUGCUGAAGCAAGGUGAGAACAAGUUUAUUACACAAACUCCAUCUCUUAGAAUCCAGUGAUUACAACUGUACUUUCUAGUUUGAAGUUUAAAGGAGCCUUUCUGACUAUAAAUGCAUAGACAUUAAUCUAUUAGAAUACACUGUUGUGUUUCUCUGUUUCAGUUGGUGUACAUGUCUUUGUAGUUGUUGUUGUUGUUUUGCUGUUUUUUUUUGUAUGUCUGUUUGUUUGUUUGUUUUUAUAUAAAAAAAAUAUACACACUGUAUAUAUAUAUAUGUAAUAUUUUCGUUUCUCAUCAGCUCAGAUAAUUGUUUCUCAUAUUAAAAAGCAAAUGUACAAUGUGCACAUGUGCAUGCGGAUCCAAGCCUGUGCUCUAAGAAAAAUUGACAAUGCCCAGUGCCUUGAACCUGUGAAAUCCAGGGUGCCCAGCAUAGAAUGUCUAUAAAACAUCAAAAAAAUAAUGAUUAUGAUAAUUACAAUACAUGUAACAAUGACAAUGAGAAUGAUGAUGAUGAUGAUGAUGAUGAUAAUAAUAAUGAUGACAAAAAUAAUAAUACAGCUGUAUACACUUAAUGUCAGAUCCUGAGGGAAACAGUCAGUUUUGUUUUCCUGAGAGUCCUGAUGUUUCCCAAGAAGAAUGUUUUGUUAUAUUUCUAGACUUUCACUUUAACAGCAACAAAAGAAUAACCGAAGCGAACCAAAACGGUCGACUUGGUACCUAUAACAACACAAAGUUUAUUUUUUAAACCAUUGAAUGAAUGAUUUACAAGGUCAUGUACUUUCCUUAUAUUAUUUGCAUCUUUUUCCUCCACUAGCUAGCUGCUGUUUCUGUUAUGGGAUGACUUUAAAAAUCGUAGCUUUUUAGCUUGAGGUUUCAUGUUUGUGUUCAAGUUGUUGUGUUUAUUCAUGUAAAAGAAAACUGGCAGUGUUUUUCCCGCCUUCUGUCACACCACUUUCCACCAUGCUUUGAUCAUGUACUGUAAUGUAUCAUGAUUGGGAUACAUUUGAUUUUAGUCAAGGCCAAGUGACCAAGAAUCAACCAAUGGCAGUCCCUGUUAAGUUGAGUGAAAGUCUAGGAAUAUAACUUUAUUUGUUUACUUUACAGUGGAAUCGUGACAAACCUGUGACCUUUUCAUGAUUUCCUAGUUGCCCAAAAGCAAAAGUGAGGUACCAGGGGCUACUGCUAGAGCACAGCCCCUGUCUGAACUUCUGAUCCAGUGCCAAAAAUGUACACGUGAGAAAAUUACAGUAUUAUCUGCAGAAUUAAGUGUUUACAUUUUGUCACUGUACCCUUCAUAAAAUUGCAAAGGUAGACCCUUUACAUGUAUAAAGACAUAAUUUUUUUAUAGGGCGAGGAUUUUGGGAAGUGCUACAGCGGAUGAAAGCAAUGACCCAGAGUAAGUUCCUUGAUUCCAUUUCUGGAUAUCAUCAUUAUUUGAAUUACAGGUAUAAGUAAAUAAAUCGAUAUCAUUCUUUAGGUGCAGUUACACAAUACCAUCUUCCCUAGCUACCCUUGGGGAUAUAGAGAGAAGAAUUUGUCACAUCACAUUACCAUGGUGGGAUCAUCACUGGACCUGAACAAUAGGCUGAUUUAGCAACAAAACGGGAACGUCAGUUGACGAGUGCAUGUGCAAACCAAACAACUGGCUUGACCAAUGGCAGAGCGGCAAAUAGAUCGUUUUCAUGUGACGUCACAUCAUUUCCGGUCGCCAUAUUUGUGUACAACUUUGGAUAGUCUAUAUGCAAAUGUGAGUCACAUCUAUCAUUUUUGCCUUUAAAAUGAAUAAUUCAGCAGAUCGCGCAAAGUUAAGUGGAAAUCCCGAUGAAAGUAGCUUUAUUCCUCUUUCUGAGUACGCCAAGAAGUUAGAGCUACGAGUCAAGCAGCGUUAUAUGGAGAAAAUUUCGGCGAUUGGAAUCGAUCCCGUGCUCAUUGAGAGUAAGAAUUUUGAACCAGAUUGCCUGCCUCCUGUGGAAUGCACAGAUCUUCUUUUUUAUCUGGUGUUAGAGACGAGCUUCUAUACGCAACAACAGUUUAAAGCUUUCCGAAGCCUGGAAGCCUAUAAUCAAAUGGUUUCGGGAUUUAUUACCAGCGUAAAAGGCCACAUAAUCGCGAACAAGUUUGUUGUGUUAGCCAAAGUAAGACAUUCGCAAAGAAUGAAUGACUCUUUGAUCCCUAUCUGGAUUAUAACAGAAAGAGAAGGAACAGUUUUAUCUGCUCAUUGCCUAGGUUGCAAGGCCGGGUUAGCGGAAUCAUGUUCGCAUAUCGCAAGCGUUUUGUUUUACUUAGAAGCAUGGACGAAGAUAAAUGGAAAACUUGCGUGUACGCAAGUUAAAUGCUCGUGGCUUCUUCCCGCGUACGUAGACCACGUGGAGUACUCAAUGGCACGGGAUAUAAACUUUACUUCCGCUAAGAAAAUGAAAACUGACUUAGAUUCGAAAAUAUCUAACCUUCAACCGGGAGUUUCGAAUUCUGAUCCACUGGAGACUCCAAUCCCAGGUUAUGCUAGUUCUGGAAAGAAAAUUUCACCACCCACAGAAGCAGAGAUGGACGCCUUUUACGCAGAACUUAGCAAGUGUAGUGAAAGCAAACCCAUUGCUCUUAGUCUAAUUCCUGAGUUUGCACAAAGUUAUGUCCUCAAAAGUCGCUCAAUCCCAACAAUCAAUGAUCUUUUCGAUAAAAAGUAUCUGCAGUUAACAUAUCCGGGACUGUUAAAGGUUUGCAGUAAUGUAAAGGUUCAACUUUCCAAGGAGCAGAUUGAACAAGUGGAGAGGGACACCAUAAGCCAGGCAAGGGGGAACAACUUUUUUAAACACAGAGCUGGCAGAAUUGGGGCUUCCCAGAGCAAAGCAGUAUGUAAAACAAAUCCUGCUUUGCCCUCUCAGUCCCUUAUUCAGUCAAUUUGUUAUCCUGAACUGACCAAGCUAAACACAGAAGCAGUCUGUCAUGGCUGUAAACAUGAACAGGAUGCAAUAAAUGCAUAUGAAAAUGUAAUGAAACAGAAACAUGUAAACUUUAAAGUUGUCAAAUGUGGGCUGAUGAUAAAUGAAGAGUAUCCCUGGAUACAUGCUACUCCUGACUUCCUGUGUUCCUGUGACUGCUGCGGUGAAGGUUGUGGUGAAGUGAAAUGCCCCCUGUGUGUUGAAAAUUGCAAUUUCGAGAGCUAUGUGUUGACACCAUCAUCUUGUCUAGAAAAGGACAGUACUGGUAACUUUAACUUAAAGAAAAGUCACCAAUAUUUCUACCAGUGCCAACAACAAAUCUUUACCAGGAGGAAACAGUACUGUGACUUUGUAGUUUGUGCAUUUGAUCAUGAUGGGAAAGCCAAGCAUGUGCAACAGAGAAUUUUGCCUGAUGCAGAUCACUGGAAAGCUGUGGUACCAAAGCUAACUAAUUUUUGGAGGAAAUGCAUUUUACCCGAGGUGCUUGGAAGGUGGUAUUCCAGGUGUCAUUAUGAUAAACCGGCAGUGACCGACUCAGUUUGUUAUUGCAGAACAGCAACAACUGAAGACACCAUAAGCUGCUGCAACCCAAAGUGUCAAAUUGGCCAGUUCCAUCCCACAUGUUUGGGCAUUGACAGUAUUCCCCAGUUGUGGUACUGCCCAAACUGUAGAACAAAUCCAGAGUUUAAGAGGGCAAAAAAAGGAAAGAAAAUUACAGCACAAGCAGAUGCUCUGAGAUUAGAUUCUGUUUGUGUGUGUAAACAGAAACCAAACUUAACCGACAGGCUCUUAGAGUGCCACAACUCUAGUUGCCAAAAUGGUAAUUUUUUUCAUUUGCCAUGCAUCAACCUAAAACGUAUGCCGAAUAAUAGUAAUACCACUUGGCUUUGCCCAGCUUGCAAAGGAAGCAACAUGAAACAAGGAAAAUCUUCCUCAACCUCCUCAGUUGACGUGACUUUCGUAAAAACAGUAAAACAUGCAACAUCCCAUAACAAACACAAGUCUCUUGGAAGUCUUGGUCAAGCUGAGUUUGACCUCAUUGCAUCCGCCACUGGAUGGCUGGACUGCUCAAUUGCCCAUGAAGCACAGCUACUGUUGCAAAAGAUCAAUCCAAACAUUGAAGGGUUUCAGAGACCAACACUUGGUCCUGUCAGACAGUUUGACACAAUGACAUCAGAAUUUAUUCAACUUCUGCAUGUAGGCAAUAAUCACUGGGUGUGUUUGACCUCGAUUGGAUGCCCCCCUGGUGAAGUGCAGUUACUGGACAGUCUCAUGAAACCAGUGAUAACUCAAGAGAUACAGGAACUUGCCCAGAAUUUGUAUGGUCUAAACUUAAACAGAAUUACAAACAUGCCAGUUCAGCAACAAACCAAUGGCAGUGACUGUGGCAUGUUUGCAGUUGCAUUUGCAACAUGUCUUGUGUAUGGGCAAAAUCCAUGCAAUGUUACUUUUGAUGUUCCUAAAAUGCGUCCUCAUUUGAUUCAGUAUCUGAAAAGAGGUUGCAUAAACCUUUUCCCUACCACUUGAAUUUCUUUGUGAAUGACAAACAUUCGGUUAACAGAAACAAUUCAAUUUAAUGUUUAUUACACCACCUUACACUUACAAUAACUGAGGGGUGGAUAUAAUGAAGCCUUUAGUGACCUCUGAUUUUUCUUUCAUAAGGUCUUGUACUUAAAUAUAAUUUGUAAUGAAAUACAUGAAAAAAUUACUCAAUUUUGAUUAACUGAGAGCAGUGCAGUUCAACUGUAACACCACUGCAAAAAGUGAAACACAAGUGCAAAAGGUGUAACAGCAAUGCAAAUUACACAUCGAAAUUCUGGAUUCUGAUUGGCUGAAAGACUAUAGGAAAUCUUCUAAGCCAAUGAUAUCACGUAACAUGAUCAGGAAAACUUUUUGCAGAAACUUUGAAAAAAGUUUUGUCGAGUGAGAAAAAAUGUGGGCCACAUUUAAUCAAGAAAGGUUUGCUCCGGCACUUCGUACACGCGACUCUUUUCAUAUUUAUAUUAUUAAUAAGUAAUCAUACAAUUUUUCUCAUUCAAUUUGGAAUUAAUUUGCACUUGUGAGUUUUUCAAAAAAGCUGAAAUUGUACUCGCCAAAGCGGCUUGUGAAAUUUCACCUUUUUGAAAAACUCACUCAUGCAAAUUAAUUCCAAAUUGAACUUGAAGCCGUAUGAUCUAAAACAACAUAAAAUUUCAAAUUAUCUUGGAGUCACUUAUGGCUAUAUCCCAUGCACCCCUCCAAAUAUUUUGAUGAUGUAUUCAAUAUAAUAUUACUUAUUCAAAAAUGUGUUUUGAGGCAAGGUAACUGGAGGCCGGUGGGGAAGGGGGAGGGGUGGAAGGGGAAAUGAUUAUUUCCUUUGUCUAUAUUAACAUUUUCAUAAUGCUGAGUGGUGAUUAAAAUGCUUUUCCUCCUUAGUAUAAUAGUUUCUUUUAAAAAAGUUCAGUCAAGAGGCACAAUGCCUGGGCAUAAAUUAAUAAGUGCAGCACAUACAGUGAUGAUUCUGUCAAUCAUGGGUACUGAUUCAUUUUCAGUUCCACCCGGCUUGCAUGUUAAAAAGUCAAUGGGCAAGACUCCAGACAAAAUGGUAAAUUUCCUGCGAAGUAGUCCAAUCACUCUCUCUACAUGAAUGCGUACGUUAGCAAUGCCUCUUGUUUUCUCAACAUCCACAGGAUCAAGUUGAUCUUUUCCUCUGGUAAAGGCAGGAAUGGCCAGUUGGGCUUGCUGAAACAUCACUGUUUCGUGGAUUGUGAAACCACGAUCUGCCAAAAUCAGAUCUCCAGGCAAAAGCUUUUUCAGUAUUCCACAAUUUUCAGUAAGAAAUUUGUCAGAUGUUCUCCCUCCCCAUGCUUUUGAAACGAAGGAAAUAGUUCCUUGAGGAGUUAUUCCAAUUAAUACUUUGACAGUAUUAUGAUGCUUAUAGGAAGAGAAUGUCUGUGCCCUAGCGAGAAGAUUAGAUGGCCUGCAUAUAAAAAUUUCAAAACAAUCGAUAAUUACUGUUGUUUUCUUGCCAAAUGAAACAUGAAAGCACUGUGGCAUUGUUUGCCACAAGUCUUCUCGAUCGGGCCACUUGAUGAGGGGUGACAGUCUGACAUCCAAAGCAACCAUCCAUGCAGAAAAUAUCCUUGAAACUGUCGGCAGUGACACAUUGAAACGGUAAGAUAAAUCUUUGAAAGGCAUGUCAAGUUUCAGCUUCAUCAGUGUCAUAAUGAACUCCUGAAAUGAUGUCAAAUUUUGUGAUUUACGGCUUACAUGUGGAGAAACUUGCAAGAAAACAGUGUUAAGGAUAUGGAAUGAAGGAAGUCCUGUAUAAAACUUGACUUUCUCGUUGUCACUCUUAAAUUCCCACUGAUCAAAUGGAGGUUUAAUCUUCGGUGGGCUGACAAGGUAGUCAAACUCUUCGGAUUGUGUGCCAGUGUCCACACAUAACUUCGUGUCGGUUUGUGUUCCUUUCGCUGUAGGAGUCUCCAGACUAUCUUCUGUGCUAAAGUCGAAGUUUAAAUCAAAAAUUUGCUGCCCUGGUUCGGUAAGUUUUGAUCUCUUCACUUCCCUCUCGGCUUCGAGUUCCUUCUCUCUUUUAGCAAAUGCCGGCUUCUUUACAAGCUCGCGUUCUCUUGCCCUCUCACUUCUUUUUGCCGCUUGUUCUCGAUCUGUUCGGCUGGUCUUCUUAUUAUGUCCUACAUUCAGAGUUGGGACCCAGUCAACGUUGAAUUUAUCCCAUGGUUUUGCGGCUCUUCCAGAAACAAAGUGCUUCUCACACACGCGAUCGUUCUCCAAAAUGGUAUCGGUGAGGUCGUCCCUGCUGAUCGCCAAAAUCCACCGCGAUCUUCUUUCUUCUGACAAAUCUCUCGCUUCUUUUCCUUGAUUUUCAAUGAUCGAAGGUACUUUGGCAAAAUAUAAUCCUUUAUCCCGUCCACUUCUAUUUCCACAGCCCACAAUCAAGCACAACACCAUCUUCCUUCAAAGAAAGCAGUCGAUUUGUUUACGAUAUCUGUACACAAAUAUGGCGGCGUAGCAACCGUUGUCAGGGAUUUUGUCACGUGAGUGAAAACUAUCUAUAAUAUUGGGCACCGGAAGUCGCGUUCAGUCCUUUCCGUGCGCGUUCCCGUCGUCAACUGACGUUCCCGUUCGGUUGCUAAAUCAGCUUAAUCGUUCUUGACAGAGACGGUCAUUUGCAAGGUCAAACGAUAGAGGAAAAGAUGGGCUCCAUUUUGUUCCUAAGUGCAAUCAUGCACACAAAAGUCAUACUAGUCAAUAUAAUAUAUAGAUAUAUUUUGGUUUGUUGAGAUCUAGAAAUUUUCCUACCAUGGCAAAGCAGCCAAAAUGACUUCUCUCUAUCGCUAGGGUUGUUUACAUCAUAGCCCUGCACUGAAGCCAAAAAAGUGAACCAAAAGUUGUUGCUUACAUAAUUGUACAUGUACACUGAAUAUUUUUUCUCAAAAACAAGUUUUUGUUAUUCUUAGAGAAAGGGAUCAAAAUUGCAAAUGACUGCAUUCAGAAUGAUUUUGUGAUGAUACAUGACAAGUCGCACCUUCUAAUGUUUUGCAUGUAAACAAAGUUAUGUUUUCACCAUUUUACUCUAUUUACUGCAGGAAAAAUGAAACUCCAAAAGUCAUACAUGUUGAACAGAAACUUCCUGAAAAUGUUAUCCGACUUCCAAGGUAAGAGCUAAACAGUUUCAUCUGCACUUCAUCCAUUGCGAUAACUAAUUACUGAGACAAAUGGAACGUUCAGUUAUCUUGUCAAAAGCAAUGGAAGUCCAAGACCGGGUUCUAAGAUGAGACUUACUACAUGUAGGGACAGGUCAGGUACUUUCACCACGAAGCUGGGAUGUUGUGGCAAACUCAUUUCAUGAGGUCAUUAUUCUGCUCAAUAGCAUUCGAUUUUCCCAUCAGCAGGGGUAUCUCUAUGGAUAGAUUAAGUAAUUUCAAUGUUGAGGUAGCUAGUUAACUUGAGUGAUCUGUGCAUUUUUUGGCCAGUACAUUAUAAUGCGAGCAAUAUUAUUUUGAGAAAGUAUCAGCCAUCGACAACUUGGCAUCCCGGAUAUCCAGAAACGACAAGCAGUAACACAGUUUGGUUAAAUUUCCAGAUUUUCAAACGGAAUUUCUCCAAAAGUAUCAGGUUUAUCGGGCUCCAAGAUAGUAUAUUCUACUUAAUAAAUAGUUUCCAUGUUACCGUGCGUCUGUUCUGUAAUAGAUCACAGAUGACGUCAAAACGAUUGUGGUAAAAACAAAGAAGUGGCACACGAGCCGCAGGCUAGUGUGUCACCGAUGUUUUUACCACAUGUUGAUGUCUUCUGGGAUCUAUUACUGAACAGACCCACAGCAACAUAGAAUCUAUUUGUUUUGUACAAUGAUCAGGAAAGUAUUAAGACCGAUACACAUACCUGCAUCGUACUGCUUGACUGUUCGAGGAUUUGUGCUAGUCCCAAGGGCUAUUUUGCGUCUCGGCCUCUUUUCUUCUUUAUCUUAUUUUUAUACAGUUUCUUCGAAAAGCUUUUCAACGUCUUCACUUGCUCAAAGCAUAAUGAUGGCGAAAACAUGUUGCAAAACAGCGAGUCUCUCGUAGCGAUGAUACACGAUGGCAACUGUUGUUAAUAUUUCUUCCAGUUUAGACAUUUUCAAGUCUUUAAGAACUCUUUUUGUCUUCGUUUAUCUAUUUUUCUUCUUUGUUAAUAGCUCUUGCUAAAUUUCAAGGUUUAGGAGGCUUUCACUUGCGUAAUCCGAAAUUAUCUCACAAACAUUUUCAAACCCGCGCGCCAAGUUUUCCGUGACGUCAUCCAUGUAUCUGUACUCUGAUACAUCAUGGGCAACGACCAUUCGCAGCACGCGUAGCAUUCACAUCAUAACAUUGUAAUAUAUGGAAAUGGUCAGGGCUAAAAGCGAAGUUCUCUUCAAUAUCUAUAGCUUAUUCAAACAGAAUAACAAUCGAGUAAAGGUAAUGUUAGGCGGGACGAUUCGCAGGAACGACGUUUAGCGCAACACAGCGUUGCAACAUUGUUUUAAAUGGUUACAACAUUGUUUCAACAUUGUUUCAACGCUCUGUUGCGCUAAAAAUCGUCCUGUGUAACAUCACCUUAAUGCUAAGCGGCGACGGCAACAAAAGCAGCCCCCCAAAAAAAAAAAAAUAAGUGUGUCUAAUUACCAAAAAACUUUGCAAGUGCCGCGCGCUUUUUUUUUUUUUCUUUUUUUGUACAUUUCCUUGCCGUUGUUUUGCACGACUACAACGUGAAACUUCAAAAAACUUCAUAGUUAGACGUUUUACAUGUAUGAUGGAGAUGUUAAAUGUGUUCCUGUUCACGUUUUUUUUUUAAUCGCUGCCGUUAAUUUUAUUCCACCUUGGUGGCCGCUACCAUUUCUUAUUUUGUCAAAAAAAUUUUAUGUUCUUCUUCCAACGAAAUUCGUUUCCUUUGUUUUUUAAUCUCUCGCGCUCUAGCACUUUCUCUGUUAUCCACGUCAAUGGAGACAUUAAAAUUAUGUCGAAAGAAAUAAGUAGCUUUGUAACACUAGAAAAAGUCCAUUGGCUGCCUCUAGGUAAACUUCCACUACCUUGAUAAUAUUUCGCCAAGACAAACGCAAGCUUCAUGUCUUGGAUUCCCCGUCACCCUUGCAGAGUCUAGUGAGUACUACCCCCAAGUCUACUUAGUACCACCCCCAGAGAACGUACGUAGGUGCGGGCGUAGGCUGACGUGAUAACCAAAUUUUCUCGGAUGGAUAGUUAACCAAAAUUUCUUAGCUAGGGGCUACGCUCGCUAACGCUCUGCGAGGAGCUCCGCUAUAAUAUCUUAUCCCAGUAUUUAUUGUCGCUGUUUUUAAUUGAUCCGAUAAUCAACAGCGUACAUGUACGCCGAUCAGGAAAAUUCAGUAUGGACAGCGCAUCCACACCUUUUAGCUGAGAAAAAUACAUACGUUGAAUUUUUUUUGUUUGUUUGUUUCUCCUGUUUCUAAAGCGUGGUUUUGAUUUUUUUCCCUUUUAGAGGUCCAGAUGAAGACGGUUCGAAAGGCUUUGAGUUCAGAAGAUGAAGGCCGACAGAUAUUUAGGGAAAAUCAGCAAAACUAUCGACAUCGUGGAAUAAAUUCGUGGCCAGAGAAAAGCUUGCCUAUUGGUUGGUUUUCGGGGUGCAAGGAGUCAAGCCGUCUUCGUGAUACUGAAAGCUGGUUGUACCUCAUGAACCUAAUAACAUGCCUUAUCUGCGGGCCUAGUGGAGAAAGGAAAUUUUUGCUCGAGCAAAUUUUUACCGUAACCAUGAGAAGGUGGUUGGAUUUGGAGGCUUGCUGAUGAGUUACUUAACAGACUACUCUUUAUUUUCCUUGCUGAACAGCUCCAAACCAACGGUACAGUGUACCAACAAACGACUGGAGUACCUUCUUUCUAAGAUCCCCUCGAGGAGGGAGGGGUGAACUGUUUGACAGAGAUCCAAAUCGCCUGGAAUGCGAACUUUGCCAGCUCGGCUUUUUACUGGGUGCAUGCGUGAUAUUAUUCAGUCGAAGCAAACUGUGGUCUAUUCAAAUUGAAGAAUCGACCUUCUCGUAAUAAGUUUUUUGUGCGAAUAAUAUGAUUACUAUAAGCUACCUUAACCUAACAUCAUCGGUUCAUAAUAAGUGGUUUAAAAUACAGAGUCAUCGGUACAAAAUUAUUCCAAGGCAUUUACAGUGAAACUCUUUCGUUAUUGAACUUCUGAAAUGGUUGAGAGGUUUCUAAGCUUAACUUUACUAAUAAGGAGAUGUACACAUGUACAUGUUUGAUAGAGUUAAAGUUAAAGCGCGGUUUGCUUGAUGCUCUAUUCACCCAUUUUCUGGCACCAUUUUCACACUAUACCGGAUAGUUUUUCGUGGCACCACGAAAAAGUAUGGGGUAUAAUAUGAACACCUAUACGUAUCCAUUAUGUGAUUUUCCGCUUUAGAAAUCGGCGCGGCGCAGCUUCGCUUCGUCACAGAAAUCGCGCCGCCACAACCAUUUUUGUGUGUAAACAGAAGUCCUAUCCGGUCUGUUCUUCAUGGCGGCGCAAAAGCUACCCGGUAUAGUGUGAACUUUGACUAAGUUUUUUCCCAACUGUACACCUUGAAGCUGCUUUUCUGAGGGAUGAGAGUCCUUUUAACGUGAUCGCUUGAACUCCCAUCUGCCGUAGGAUGUCUACUUAAUCUAGGAUAUCAUGACUGUAUUUCUUCAUGUCUUUUUGCUCUCCGCUAAACCAGUUGAAUGCGCCAGCCAGAGAAUUAAAAUGCCUGGUUACUAUGUCAGCUUCUCUGUAUAGUAUUGCAUCUUUUCACGUGACGUCACGGCGGUCAUGUUGGUCAGAGAAGAACAAAAGCAUUUCUCUCCUCUAGAAACUGAAGUCCAUUUUUUAAAUUCUCCAAAUUAUGGUAAUUGUAUCGGCGUAUUGAAGGCACGUGACCUGAAUUUCUUAGUUAGUUAAGAUUUUGGACGGAGUCGAUCAAGCUACCAUUCAAAUUAGACAUCACAGGAUGUUGUCGUUGGUUCCCAGUAUUUUUCACCCUAUUAUGGGUGAGUAGUACUGGGAAUCACUUGAGUAAAGGGUGGAAAUCUCGAAGGAUGUACAAUAAGUAAUUUUAACCUCUUUUUAUUGAUCUCGUGAC